UUCACAAAUGCUAACGGUUCUUCAUACAACUGUCAUUUUAUUGUCAACUAUUAUUCCCGCUUUUGAAUAAUUAAUAUUUUCUUAAAAAGUUGUGCAAAUUUCAAAAUGAAUUUCGUAGCUGCUUUAAAAUGUGGUGCUACACCAGAGGUGGAAGCAGCGCGUUGCAUGAACCAGCUACUGCGUCGCUCUGAAGCACAAGGCGCGCUUUGCCUAGCGUUGGCAGCAGACUUUAUUAAUGAAUUGUACAAAGCGAUUGGUUUGGAAACCAAUAUCAACGUACAGCAGUUGGAAACGGCAAAAUUCGAUUGGGAGACAACGCUUUGCCGUCAUUAUGUUUUCCAUUGCAACACGAUAUUCUUUGCCGCUUUUGAGCGUUUUCUUACACAGCUCAGUCGUACAGUGGGCUUGGAACAACUUAAAGCGGUGGAAUCUAUGACACUACAGCAUUACUUCGAAAUGUUGGAUGUUUGGCGGAAUUGCAGCACGGAUUUGUUGAAGCAAGAUGAUGAUAUGCAAGUGCAGUUUCUCGUAGAACCACUAGCGCGCAUUAAUUACAUACUCUUUCUUGGUGCGCAAAAAAUAAGAAAACUAUUUGAUUUAGAACUUGAUAUGCUAAAUACAAUCUGUACAUAUCUGCUGGAGAGCGCAUUAGCUGGAUUAUUUUUUGAGGAAUGUCACACAUAUAUCGCUGAGGGUUUAAGUAAAGUUAUGGAAGCAGACUUUUCAUUAUCGAAGGCCUUUAAUGAAGAUGCAUUCAAAUUUUUUCGACUUGUUUUUACCGUGGACCAACACAAAGUCACACAUAGUAGUAUUUUGAAAUGCCUCACACGCAUGCUGGCAAUGCUUUCAAGGCAGCAAGAUACAAGCAGCUACCGUCAAUUUGUGAGCUUUCUUGUGGAAAAGGAUAUGCAGGAGUCUUACUACACAUUUCUAAAACUGGAGAAAACAACACGCAUACUAUUGGCUACACUCGACUUUUUGACGAAAUUGCAGACGCAUUUACUUGAUUUGAGCUGUUUCUCCCAAACCUUUCUGGAGGCAAUACUUGCGCUUACAUUGCAUACGCAUGAAAAUAUUUCAUUAACUGCUGCUGAAUUGUACAUUAAAAUGGCACGUCGCAAGGCUAGUGAUGAUGACUACAUACUAAAGCAUAUACUAGAGUUUUAUUUUAAAGAAAUGACAAAUGCAGAUACGCUGCCGCUUUAUGUGAAUGCGCUAUGGUGCGAGUUUCCCUAUAUGCAAUCAAUGCGCAUUUAUUUGGACUUGUUGAAAAAUGCUACAGCCGUGCCGCUUGGCAUGCGUUAUUUAAUUGCGCAAUUCACCAUUGUGGUGUAUAGAAAAAUGUUGGAUCCGCAAGUUUGUGGCAAAUAUGUAAAGGAAUUCAUACACGUUUUUGAAACACUGCCUACAUUAUUCGACGUAUUAAAUAGCCAGUAUUUGAAAGGCAUACUGCUGCAGUUAUAUAGCCUAACGGCACAGAAUUAUCUGUGUGACGGUUGCGACGAAUUAAAUGAGUUACUACCAAAUUUUGAAGAUUACUUUGUAUCAGCAUUCAGAGCUGAUACGCAUUUGCAAUAUCCCUAUUUAUACAAUUUAUUUGCACAAUUUGCACGCUGCAUUGAGAAGACAUUACAUUUUGAUAAGUUGGAAAUGUGCGCAAUACAUGCAUAUACAGAAUAUGAAGAAGUUGAACGUCUACUUGUUACGAAAAAGUCACCAAGUUUGCGUCAGUCGUCAGCCUAUUGCUAUAUUUUGCAAAAACUGAGCGUUUUAAUGCAAGUCGAUUAUAAUGUUUUCGAUCAGUUGGAGCAUAUUAUUCAAACGCUGCAUGUGCGUUUAAUCGAGACUACACAAAUACAUGAAUUAGCUGAUAAACAACAAGUUUUUAUAGAUAUUUAUGCCACUGACCUCAUGGUAAAUGGCUGUAUUAAAUUAUCACGUGAUAAAGAUUUAACAAACUCCAACAAAAUGUGGCUGGUUGGUGAAAUGCGCAUUUUGGAGACUUAUUUACUUAAUUUUUUAAGCAAAGCCGAGUCAAAAACGAAUGCGCAGUUGUACCGUGUGAAAACGUAUUUCAUUUGCCUUGUCAACCUGUACCAAACAUUUCAUAAUUCCUCUGGCCUGUACAAGCUACAACUGAACUUGCGUUCAUAUCAUGUGUUGGUUGAAACAUUGUUGGCUAGUUGUUUGCAGCGUAAGCCGAAAACGCAAGCUGUCGACGAGGAGCAUAUGGAAUUGCAUCCCAAGUAUAUUUCAAACUACCAGCAAUGGAUGUUUAUGAAAUUUACACAGCUGCACUCAACGAAACAUAUCGCGCUGCCCUCGCCAGUGGCUUGGAAGUUAUGCAUGCACUAUGGUUUGAGUUCACAUAAGUUCUCCGAUGAACUGUUUACAUUUAUGGAGGCUUUAACAAAAUAUCAUUUCAAAAUAUUUACGCAUAUUUCUGCUGUUUUGGUUUAUAAUCUUUACAAACAGAAGCCACCGUUCACAACGGACGUUAUACAGUCUGUUAUACGCGCUCAAAAGUCCUUUAUUGAUCAGCUACCAACGGCGCAUACGCCCGCCUUGCUCUGCGCCAAUGUAGUGUUGCGUGUGCUGCAAUUUCUACAGCAAUCACUACAAAAGCUACCACCCACCACCGGCGGCAAUCGUUUGACAGCCUUGAAACAUCUUAACUUCUAUACACACAAUUUGAAUGUAAACGUUGAUAAUGUGUUGCCCGAUAUUCGCAAUCAAGCGAAAGCGCUGCAGAAUCACAUGUUAAAUAAUGCCGAACAAAUGUGUUUAAGGGCGUAUUUGAGCGCAUUGGGCGUGCACACCGAAAUCAAUGGGAAGGCUUAAGUUGCAAACACCUUAAAAAUAUUUAAAAUUUAUACAUUUGUUGACAAACAACUGCAAAUGCAAUGCGGCGUAAUAUUCUAGAAAUUCGCCGUUAUAUUUGCUGAUAUAUUAUAUUUUGAAGUUUCACUUUUAUUUAUUCAUUAUUCACAUAAAUCAAAUUAAUUUCCAUUUCUUUAUCAAUAUUUUUGUAAACAAUGAGUUAUUGCAUAUAUAUGUAUGUAUGUAUGUAUAUGUACACAUAUG